AGAAAGUGAAAGGUGCAUUUAUGAUCAGGCGCAUCACAAAAAUCCUACAUCCGGUUUAAAGCGGAAGUAAGGUCCUAACAGCGCGGAUUAGUAAGCAACUGCUAACACGCUAGCUCAGUUGUUUUAUUGAAAAGUCUGAAAUAUGUCCGGAAGAGAAGGUGGUAAGAAGAAGCCUUUAAAAGCUGCCAAGAAAGCGACAAAGGAGAUGGAUGAUGAUGAAAUGGCCUUCAAACAGAAGCAGAAAGAAGACCAGAAAGCCUUGGAGGCAUUGAAGACGAAAGCAGCAGGAAAAGGACCUUUGACUGGUGGAGGAAUCAAGAAGUCUGGAAAGAAGUGAUUUGGAAUCGCAGGCCCCUGGCAAAUCCAACCCCCAUAUUUGUUUUUCUUGUUUGGGUCCAUUGUAAAAUACAUGCAAAGACCCUUUUUAAAAAAUAAUAUCCAAUGUGUUCUUGUAAAGGAAAAAGUUCUGAACUAAUAAAGUCUUGUAACUACUGCUGUA